AUGUGCUCGGCAUGUCAUAACUUUGUCAUGAACUCCUCCUCCUUCUCUAUACGAAUGAACAUCCAUGGCUAUGUGUGAUUAAGUCAAAGAUAUUACAUGAUCAUAUUAGCAGGAGCAGAAUUAGAUCAUUCGAGUUGGACUAUAGUUGCGCCGGCCCACGGCUAUAAUGUCAAGGACUCAUGGGUUCACGGAUGCACACCAUCUGAAUUUUCUCCCAGCAAGCCAUCCCCUGGUCCCAGCUUGUCGACUACGUCUUCGUCAUCACUGAUUCCUCCGCCCUCGUCACCUACACCUUCAACAGCAUUGACCACCACUGUGCGUCAGCACAAUAGCAACACCACUAAGACGCUGAGAGAUAUGCUGAUCUCACUGAGAGAGCAGACAACUGUGCUUCAAGGGGAGGGCCAGGUGUCAACAAACCAUACGCCGGACGAGUUGCAUGAGACACGCUCAGGUUCUCUGGACACCACAGAGUUCAAUGACCGGUUUCAGGCCAUCGAGGUCCUUUUGCGUCAACUCAUUGAUAGACGUGUCGAGACUGAACGACCUGGCUACAUCCAGCCGCCAUUGGUAUCUAUUUCUGAUGUCGGCAUAGAUGUAGGCGCAGAGGAUUUUCAGCAGCGCUGGCAGGAUUGGACGCGGCUUCUGAGGGACCGCGUCCCUCUUGCUGCACCCCAGCCACGCAGCACUCGUGGAAAUCUUGACGAUGAGCUGCUUGCACUAUUGCAGGCACCCCCACCCCAAGUACCUAUAGGCGUCCAGCCACCUCCAACAUUGAUUCCCUUCGCUUACCAACCUGCGGUACGUCCUCCAAGGUCAAAGAGUAUCAGUCCCAUGUUACGGCCUGCGACGUUCCCAAUUGCCACAGUGCCAGCGGUGUUCUCGCCUGAGAUUCAACACCCACCUAUCACCCAUCCUACUCCAGGUCACCGUAGCGACCGACCUGUGGCUGAGCCCGAGACCGUAUUUUCUGGUGCACCUGGGCUGCCUACUCAGCAACCGGUGCCACCACCCGGCGAUUUUUCCAAUCCAAGACCUCCACACCGGCCUACUGUUCCUGUUGUGCCAGUGAGUACUUUUGUUGAAUGAAUAUAGUAAAAUACCAACCUUUUGCUUAGAUCGACUUGCACGGAAGACCUCCAAGCGCACCUGCUAACCUUGAACCCAGUGACGACAUUCGCGAGCCUCAAACCUGGUACCGUCCCCCAAGAUCACAGGGCUUAGUACGUCGUUCAACGGAUUUGAUUUCAAGAUGUAACUUUGGUAAUUCUGCAGGGCAUGCCUCCUCCGCCUGUUAUCCCUGGUCAACAAGGUGGUUGCCAAUACGUGCCAAUGCCUCCGGGACCAAC